AUGUAUAUUUAUAAAGUGUGGCUACAAAAGCUGCCAGUGCGACUAGCAGAAGGCGAGGCGUUACAGUGCGUGACGGAGCGCGCCAUGGCGUGGCAGGAUGCUGCGCGUGCGCUUCUCGCUAGCCCAGCGCUUGCUGCCUUGCCCGCUCACGCUGAACGCCCGCAGACCAACAGAGAAAAAUCGGACAAACUAAAUGCAGAACUAAAGAAAGCUACAGGAAGAGCGCAUGAUGUAUCACAAAAUUCAAGAUCGUCGGCAUCAGUAGAGCACGCGUAUAGCGCAACACCGCGCUCGCCCGGCGCCCGCGUCGCUCCCGGCUUGCUCCACAAGCUCGAAGAACUUAUGCUGGAGGGAGACUUGCUGGAGGUGAGAACUAGUUUCUAA